AUGCCAGAGCCACAAGCGAAAGUGGAAGGCGAUAGCAUCCCGAUCAAGAGGGACAACCUCAUUAAGCAGGACAAGCACGUUACCAGCGGGGCUAAGGACAACUUGGUGAGCGAGUGCACCAACACAGGUUUGAUCAGUGCAUUGAUGCUCACCAUCGUUAUGCCCAUGAGCUUCGACAGUGUCGCAGAUUGGCUGGAGGAAGACUACGUAGGUAGUGGCUUUGCCUUCUUAGAUGGCUACAUCGGACAACAGCUCAGUGCCAGUCAGCUUGAGAAUGCUCUGCCAGCCCUAAACGACAUUUCAAUGGUCUUCUAUGUGCUUGGAGUCUUCGGGUUUCUUGCGUCCACCGUUCUCACCGUGGUCAUGUUGUUGUGUGUGGGUGAAGUGUCCAGCGACAAGGGCUGCCAGGAGUUCAUGCGGAGGGUGGGACAUGGGACGAGGGGCCCCUACUUGCUCUUCAUGUCGGGCUGCUUCUUUGCCAUCCCCGCAUCAAUCCGUUAUGCAGCGGGUAUUAAGACACUGGCAGGGCUCGUGCUCUUGUUCUUGGUGGGUUGCAUCAUGGUCUUCAUCAUCAUCGCAGUUUCCUAUUGGUACGUUCAGGCUUGUAUCCGCACUCACAAUCGGAUCAACGAGUUCAGUGACCUACACCUCUCCCAGGAGGAGGCACAGGAAGAUGUGGAGGCCUGGUUUCGCCAAACGCCCAAAGGAGGCACGUUGGAAGAUUGCCUGCAAGAUUUGGCCGGGGUUCUGGAGAACAAAGACAGCAGUCAACUGAUCAUUGGCCUGGAUGGUAUCUCUACACAACGUGUUGCCAUGCACUACCACAAGAAGAACGCAGAGACUAUUGGCUUGUCCCUGUCCCAGUCUGAGCUGUAUCAGCUGGCUGCUACGUUUGCCUUCGCGAAUGUGAAGACCUGCUCCAUGCCCAUGGUGCCAUGCCAGAAGGUAUUGAGGUUCCAGGCAAUUCUGUUCUUAUCGUCUUUGUUUUCCCAUCUCCUCAGGAGGUCGGUAGCUGCUUACGACUUUGCUGUGUUGAUUGUGAAGGUAAAGGCACGGAUGAUCAGCAACUUCGGGAAAGACGGGAACCUGCACGCUGCGCUCGAUAUCUUUGAAAAGUUGAAGGAGUGUGGCGCGGUGACCGUCGUGGUCUACAAUUGCCUGCUGGACGCCUGCAUCGAGUGCCGCGACCUGCCACGGGCGCUGGACUUCUUCCAGGAGAUGAAGGCGGCGUCCUUGGCCGAUGUCGUCAGCUACAACACCAUCAUGAAAGGCCACCUCGGCGUCGGCGACACCCAGGCAGCACACCGCAUCUUCAGUGACAUGACUGCUGCUGGUCUGAUGCCAAGCCGAGUGACCUACCAUGCCCUCCUGAAUGCCAUCAUCCAGAAGGGCGACCGCAGCGCUGCCUGGCGCUUGGUGAGCGACAUGCAGAACAAGGGCAUCGGUGCCAACACCAUCACUUGCACCAUCCUCCUGAAGAGCAUCUCCGGACGCUCCCACGGUACUGAGAUGCUGAAGAUCUUGGAGCUCGGAGAUGCCAGCGGCCUGCCCAUGGAUGAGGUCCUCUUUGGCGCCUUUGCAGAUGCCUCCAUACGCUGCGGCAACCUCAAACUGCUGUGGGACCGCUUCAAGAAGGUGACCUCAGGUCCGAAGCCUGUUCAGGUGUCCGGCCCCACCUACGGCAGCAUGAUGAAGGCCUUCGGGCAGGCGCACGACGUGCCACGCGUCAAGGAUCUGUGGAACCACAUGAGUGCUUGCAAGGUCAAGCUGACGGCCGUCACUUUGGGCUGCAUGGUGGAGGCCUUGGUGGCCAACAACAACGUUGGGGAAGCCUGGCAGAUCGUCAACGACAUCUGGGCCAAAGACGAGCAGAGGGACCUGGUGAACACGGUCAUCUACUCCACCAUCGUAAAGGGCUUCACCAUGUCGCGCCAGCAUGACAAGGUGGUGGCCAUCUACAGGGAGAUGAAGGAGCGCGGAAUUGCUUGCAACACCAUCACGUACAACACCAUGUUGAAUGCGCUGGCCCGAUGCGGCAUGAUGCACGAGGUGCCCCAGCUCCUCGAGGACAUGCGUGACAGCGACCCUCCUGUGCAGCCUGACAUCGUCACCUACUCCACCAUUGUCAAGGGAUACUGCAUGGCGGGAGACGUCGACAAGGCCUUCGCACUCCUCAAGGAGAUGAGGAAGAGCAAUGCCGUGACUCCUGACGAGGUUCUCUACAACAGUCUGCUGGACGGCUGUGCCAAGCAGUCGCGCGUGGACGAAGCGCUGUCCCUGCUGGAGGAGAUGAAGACGCAGGGGGUCGUGCCUUCAAACUACACGCUCAGCAUCCUCUGCAAACUGCUCGGCCGCGCCAGGCGACUGGAUCAGGCCUGUAGCCUGGUGCAGAGCUUCACGCAGGAGUACGGCUUCAAGGCCAACAUCCAGGUCUACACCUGCCUCAUGCAAGCAUGCAUCCACAAUCGCCAGUGCCACCGAGUGCUGACCCUUCACGACCAGGUGGUGAAGGGCGGAAGCUGCUCCCCUGACGAGAAGACAUACACGGCACCGUUGAACCUAGAGACCCAUGAAAAGGGAAACGACCUCAAUCCAUCGGUCUAUUUGUCCCCCUCCCCCCUGCUCCCCUCAACCAUCGAGAUGAACAAAAAUAGCAUCGGGUGCUUCGAAGCUGUGAAGCAACGCACAAGCCAAGCAUCCCAAGACAUGAAGCACCAAAAGGCCUGCAAGAGCAACGAGCGUGAGAAGUAA